AAGAAAGGCAAACCUUCUCUGACAGAAAGAAGGAAGCACUCACUGUAGCAUGUCAUUUUUAUUUGAUUGUUCUGCGUCAACGAGUUGUUCCUGCGUGUGAGUAAAUUUGCCGCGGAGAGAGUAGCUUUUAAACCUAACUCAUCUGUGACUUUGAUUGUCUCAUGAAAAGAUGAAAACGAAGUGAGCUCACAUGAUGUACUUAUACAGCAGGCAAGGCUCUUCUCGCGAUAAUUCUGCCAAAGAUACUUGUUGUUUACUUCUCUUCUCGUUCCUGUCUCUCCCCGACAGCGAUUAGACACAUCAUUUUUUUAUCAAGAAUUUGAAUUUUAAUUUGUUGUGACUGUUGUUCGAUUCCUAUUCCUUGCCCUUCGCUGUUCACUAGCACGUUCAUUAUCUGGGUAGACGUACUCGUACUACAGAAAAAAUGGGCAAGGAAGGCAAAUCUUCGGGCGGCGCGUCAUCGUCGUCAGCUAUGAAAAGUGUUAAGAAGCAGGAUAAAAAGGCUAGCAGCAGCAGCAGCAGCAAACCGGAAAAGAAGGAGACGCUUGCCGGAAACAAGAUAGCGCAAUACCUGGACCGGGAUCUCAUCAAAUACUAUGAGAAAUUGGCGGAGCAUUAUGGAAUAUCACAGGUAUCAUUUUCUGCCCAGUAAACCAGUAAUAGUCGUAUCUCCGGUAGUCGCUCAUUAUUCUCAUGCCUUGUCCUCACACGUUGUUCUUCAACAUACAAGUCCUUCAUUCGAAUUUUCUACAACCAACAUACCUUCACAGUUCAUAUCCACUUUCAUUUUUAUUUAUCCCACGAGCACGACUCCGACAGGUAGCCCGCGGCGACGCGAAGGCCAAAACGACUGAUUGUGGUUUUCUUGAGGUCUAUCGGAAUAACUCUGAUAAGGAUAAGCUGAUCGAUAUUCCUGUGCGCAAGACGCAUCCGAAUGGCGCAAAUUGGAAGCAAACGCGAGAGAACCGCGUUAGCGCGAAGCUUGCGCAAAUGGUAAAGAUGGCAAUACCAUGGUUUCACACCAGCGGCAAGUUGGAAGGACUGCCAACGAAAAUGCACUGCAUUUUGAUCAUGUGGGCCUACAGUCCGCACACAGCGCAACUAGAGUCCCUUCGAAAAGGCAAGAUGCUAGAAAAGAAAUUGUGAAAAACUGCAAGCAUUGUGUAUGAUGUUGAUGCUGAUAACCUAGACCUUGAAGAUAGUAGGAAAAGGUCGUUUGGUUCGUCCUUCCGCUGUUGAUAUGUAGGAUCGAUCAUAGAAGUCGAGCGGAAAUACUUGAAUCGAAGCAGCAGUUCUUGAGCAGGACAGCGAACUCUUGCUUCAUGUUUUUUCAAUGAAUACCCCGCAGAGUAGCAGGACAUCGAUUAGGUUAGUCGUUCACAACUUUGCGUUUUGGAACGACUUGUACAGAACGGCUUGUUGAAUUUUCCGCGUGCAGACAAUGUGAAAAACAACAAAUGACCCUGAGACGUUGGCGCAUUCCCUUUCCCGGCGCCCUCAAGUAAACUAUUUUGGAUUCCCAUUGAGUAGGUUUAGGAAAUAAAAACGCGCCAGACACUAUAAUCAUAACUAAUGUGCACGCGGUGCACGUCAAAAUUACAAACGACUUGCUUCACGCUUCUAUCGCAAUUUUGAAGGCAACUACGUUAACUCCUCAGUUUUGAACCAUUUACUUACCAAGAGGUAAGAUACUUAGCUUCUGAUAUUCGAAUUGGUCGGCGCAGCGGACCACGGAGGCUAUUAUGUCAGUGAACCCACACCCACUUUUCGUGAUUAUGGACACCCGAACAUGCCUCGAAGACUCUUGGGCCCAGCCAGG